AUGAACUCAAAACCACAGUCUGCCUUUAUUAGGAAGAUAUUAAUUCGACAAGAAAGAACAUCAGAGAAUGUAGAAACAUGGCAUUAUCCUGAAGAUAUUAGUAAAAAAGUUGAAGAAGAAAUUGAAAUAAAUCCAUCAAAAAAGGUAUUGAAUUUAAUUGAUAUUGCUACUCAAAUGAAAAAAUUUCCUUUUCAAGGAAAAACAAAAAAAUAUUUUGUAGGAUAUUGUAUUAUUGUUAUGAAGAUAUUAUAUCGUUGUUGUAAAAUGAAAGAAAAAAUAAAUAAUACAAUUGUAUUUAAACAAUCAAUUAGUCAAAUGCUUGGAAUUGAUUAUAAUCAAGCUAUAAAAACAUUUAUAGAAAUUAGAAACUUAAUUUAUUCAGAACAAAAUUUGGGUAAAUGUAAUAGAAAAAAAGGAAAAUCACGUAAGUCUGAUUAUAAAUCUUUAAUUGAAAAACAAAUUAGAAUUCCAAAUCCUACUUCAAAAAAACCUGUUAAAAAUAUUAAUACAGAAAAAUCCCUUCCUGUAAUGAUUGAUCAUUUAGAUAGAGCAAUUCAAUGUGAACGAUUUUCUUAUGGACCAAGAAGGGAACGAGCAAUGUCUCUUCAAUCAAUGAUUGAUGAAAUUCAAUGUUAA